GGACUACAGAAGCAGAAGACCACAAAUAUACACUCAGCGACCUCUUUAUCAGGUACCCCCUGUAACUAAUAAUGUGGCCCUGAGUGAACACUCCGUUAAUGAAUUCUAACAGAUUUAGAACCAUGGGGGAUGAUGAGAUUGCAGCCUUGGUUGUAGAUAAUGGAUCUGGGAUGUGUAAGGCUGGAUUUGCAGGCGAUGAUGCUCCCAGGGCUGUAUUUCCCUCCAUCGUGGGACGCCCUCGACAUCAGGGUGUUAUGGUGGGAAUGGGUCAGAAAGACAGUUAUGUUGGUGAUGAAGCCCAAAGCAAGAGAGGAAUUCUGACCUUAAAGUAUCCAAUUGAGCAUGGAAUUGUGACGAACUGGGAUGAUAUGGAGAAGAUCUGGCACCACACCUUCUACAAUGAGCUGAGAGUUGCCCCAGAGGAGCAUCCUGUUCUCCUCACAGAGGCACCUCUGAACCCCAAGGCCAAUCGGGAGAAGAUGACCCAAAUCAUGUUUGAGACAUUUAAUACACCAGCCAUGUAUGUCUCCAUUCAAGCAGUGCUAUCCUUGUAUGCUUCUGGGCGCACUACAGGCAUUGUGUUAGACUCUGGCGAUGGGGUUACCCACACAGUACCCAUCUAUGAGGGCUAUGCCUUGCCCCAUGCCAUUCUACGGCUAGACCUGGCUGGCAGGGACCUCACCGACUAUUUAAUGAAAGUUAUGACUGAACGUGGAUACUCGUUCACAACCACAGCUGAGAGGGAGAUUGUACGAGAUGUAAAGGAGAAGUUGUGUUAUGUGGCUCUUGACUUCGAGGCUGAGAUGAUGAUGGCUGCUGCCUCCUCAUCCUUGGAGAAAAGCUAUGAGUUGCCUGAUGGCCAAGUCAUCACCAUCGGCAAUGAGCGUUUCAGGUGCCCAGAGGCUUUAUUCCAACCUUCUUUCCUAGGAAUGGAGACAACUGGGAUACAUGAGACCACCUUUAAUAGUAUCAUGAAAUGUGAUAUAGAUAUCAGGAAGGAUCUAUAUGCCAACACGGUAUUGUCUGGUGGAUCCACUAUGUACCCAGGCAUUGCAGAUAGAAUGCAGAAGGAGAUUACAGCCUUGGCUCCUAGCUCAAUGAAGAUUAAGAUCAUUGCUCCGCCCGAGAGGAAAUAUUCAGUCUGGAUUGGAGGUUCCAUCUUGGCCUCUCUCUCCACCUUUCAGCAAAUGUGGAUCACCAAGCAGGAGUAUGAUGAGUCUGGACCCUCGAUAGUCCACCGCAAAUGCUUCUGA